UGUACUUGUGGGAAGAGAGAAAAAGACCGAAAAAGAAACUUAUGUUUGUGGAUAAAGGACUAUUUUUUACGUUUACCUGUAGUAUAAACAAUAUCACACACUCGACACAAGAAGUAAAACAACUCUAAAGUCGUGUUAUAGUGUGUGUUUUGGCAACAGCAUCGACUCCCUCAGGUUUUUGUGGACAAAGCGUACAGCCUUCGAGUGCUACUUUUCAUGGUUAUGUCCGCGCUGAGUGGUUAUUUAUUCGCUUGAUCGCUGCCUGGAGAAUCGUGAAGUGGACGAAAUACUUCUUUACGUCAAUAUAAUGGAGCAGAACAUUUUCCUGCCCUUUGUUCUGGUGCUCAUUGUCAGCCUGGGAGGAGCCUUCUCGCAGACUCCAACACAACCAAUUGUUUGCUCAGCACGGAGUAACACCAGUUGUGAAGAAUGUCUGAACAAUGUAACGUGUCUGUGGUGUUACUCAAACAAGAAGUGUAUUGAUUACCCAGUGAAAAACAUUCUUCCUCCCAAGUCUCUCUGUGAACUGUCCUCAGCAAGAUGGGGAGUGUGCUGGGUGGAUUUCCAAGCUCUUAUUAUCACAAUCUCUGUGCUGGCCGGGAUUCUGUUACUGAGCAUUAUUAUAUGUUGCUGUUGCUGCUGUCGAAAGAAGCGUAACCCUGGACCUGAUAAGGAUGAAGAAAAAAUAAAGCGUCAAAAUGAGCAAAGGAAAAUUCGUCAGGAGGAAAGAAAAAAUGAGAUGAGAAUGAGACAUGAAGAAAUCCGGCAGAAAUAUGGACUAACUAAGGAGACUCCAUAUUCCAGAUUUGAAAACAGUUGAAUGAAAAAUGUGAUGCCAAAGACUGGAUAAACUGGAUAACCAAAAGAAUGAUCUUGUUUUAAUCUCAUUUAAUCACCUACAGUAUAUUUAUAAAUUUGCUACUUUGCCUGUCAAGCCUUGUCCAUUUUUUUUUUUAUUUAUAUGUUAGCUCAUAUUAGGACAAAGUUUUGUUUUGUUUUAAGACAUUACGUGGUGAUUCAGUGAAAUUGUACUAAUGUGGUGGAACUUCAACAAAAAUGUAUUCCUAAUUCACUUGAUGUUUUGAAUUUACUUCAAUAUAUUCAAUCAGUUUAAAGCAAUCUUUUGAAUAAUUUUCUUUAGCUAAAUGAGAGAUUAUUAUGAAGCAGUUACAGAGAGGAUGGAUAUUUCAGAAAGCUAAUAUUGCUUGCUUUUUAUUAUUACUUUGUAUUUACACAGUAACAGUAAAUAUGUGGAAAAAAACUAACUGGUAUAGCCUUAGAUUAAGUGACAGGCCAGUAAUGAAGUGGUGUUAUGAAGAAAUCCAUCAGCAGAAUAUGAACAGCGGGCUUUUAUAGCACGUUUUAAUAAACUGGUGACAAUUGUUCUGGAAAUUUAUAGCUCGAUAAUCCUACGUUUAAAUGUGUAAGUUAUGGUCAUUUUCUGUUCCAAUUUAGUUGUCCUUUCACGAUUUCAGUGAUGUGCUGAUUUAGGACAUAAUGCUUUAUAGGCUUGGAUUACAUUAUUUAGUAAAGUGCAUUUGAGAGAAA